AGCAGCCGCCGCCGCCGCGGCUCGCAGCCACCGAGGGCCGGGAGGGGCGGGCGCCGCGGGCAGCCCCCGCCGCAGGCAGCCGUAGGGGCCGGGGCCGCGCUCCCCGGGGCACCGCCACCCGCCGGACAGCGGCGCGGGCCAGCCGGCCAUGGCCGCCCCCGCGCCGUACCUGCGGGGCUGAGAUGAGCGGCGGCGGCGACGACGGGCGUUGGAUGGGGCGGGCGGGCGGCGGAGGGCUGGCUUCCCCGGCGCGCCGCUGAGGCAGCCCCAGGGCCGCGCCGCGCCGGCCGGAGGCGCCUUGUUAUUUUUAUUUUUUUCUUCUUGUUAUUAUUAUUAUUUUUUUUAAUAUAUUUUUCCGCCAGCCCGGUGGAGUAGGGGUUGUGCGCGGAGGGCGCCGGCGGAGAGCGGCAGGCCGAGCCGGGGGAGGCCGGCCGGCGGUCGGCGGGGGCCGGCGAUGCGGUGCCUCGCUCUGCUCGGCCUCGUCGCCUGGGGCCUGGGGAGCUGGGCCGGGCCCAGCGGCGGAGCGUCCCCCCCGCCUUGCCCGGCCUCCUGCAGCUGCGACGGCGACCGCGGCGUGGACUGCUCCGGGCGGGGGCUGGCCGCCGUGCCCCCGGGACUCAGCGCCUUCACGCACGCCCUAGAUAUCAGCAUGAACAACAUCACAAGGCUACCAGAGGAUGCGUUCAAGAACUUCCCCUACUUGGAAGAGCUGCGACUGGCUGGCAAUGACCUUUCUUUUAUCCAUCCAAAGGCCUUGUCUGGGUUGAAAGAACUCAAAGUUCUAACCCUACAGAACAAUCAGCUGAAGACUGUACCUAAUGAGGCCAUCAGAGGAUUAAGCGGUUUACAGUCCUUGCGUUUAGAUGCUAACCAUAUUACUGCCAUACCAGAAGACAGUUUUGAGGGUCUGGUGCAGUUGCGUCACCUUUGGUUGGAUGACAACAGUUUGACAGAAGUUCCCAUCUAUCCGCUCAGCAACCUCCCCUCUCUGCAGGCGUUAACGCUGGCGCUCAACAAAAUAACGCACAUUCCCGACUACGCAUUUACAAACCUCUCAAGUCUUGUUGUUCUACAUCUUCAUAAUAAUAAAAUAAAAACUAUAGGAAAACACUGUUUUGAUGGAUUAGACAACCUCGAAACCUUGGAUUUAAAUUAUAAUAACAUGGUAGAGUUCCCUGAAGCCAUAAAAGCACUCCCAAGUCUAAAGGAGUUGGGAUUUCACAGUAACUACAUUUCCAUAAUUCCUGAUGGUGCGUUUGCAGGAAACCCCCUUCUAAGAACGAUACAUUUGUAUGAUAAUCCUUUGUCUUUUGUGGGGAACUCAGCAUUUCAGAAUCUGUCAGACCUGCAUUCCCUGGUCAUUCGGGGUGCCAGCAUGGUGCAGUGGUUUCCUAAUUUGACAGGAACCGUUAAUCUGGAGAGUUUAACUCUAACAGGGACCAAGAUAAACAGUAUUCCUGUUAAUUUAUGCCAAGAGCAAAAGGUGCUACGAACUUUGGACUUGUCCUAUAACAAUAUAAAGGACCUCCCAAGUUUUAAGGGCUGCUACUCCUUGGAAGAAAUUUCCUUACAGCAUAAUCAAAUCCAUGAAAUCGCAGAGGAUACCUUUCAAGGACUGUCCUCCCUUCGUAUCCUUGACCUCAGUAGAAAUCGGAUUCGUCAGAUCCACAAGGAAGCUUUCACCACUGUUGGAGCUAUUGUUAACCUAGACUUAAGUUUCAACGAACUCACUUCAGUUCCCACUGAAGGAUUGAGUGGACUGAACCAGCUUAAACUUGCAGGCAAUUCUGAGCUGAAAGAAGCUUUGGCAGCGAAGAACUUUGCAAAGCUCCGGUCACUCUCUGUGCCAUACGCGUACCAGUGCUGUGCAUUUUGGGGAUGUGAUUCUUAUUUAAACUCUAACGCUGAAGAUUCCAGUCACCAAGAUCAAGGUGCCUUGAUGGAUCGUGAGAAGGCUGAUGCAGAUGCUCUAAGAAAUGAGGAAAAUGAGGAACUGGGACAGACUAUUAUUCACUGUACACCAGCAACAGGUGCUUUUAAGCCUUGUGAAUAUUUAUUGGGAAGCUGGAUGAUUCGACUUACCGUCUGGUUUAUUUUUUUGGUUGCUUUGUUCUUCAACCUGCUUGUCAUGUUAACAAUAUUUGCAUCCUGUACUCCAUUGCCAUCUUCCAAACUGUUUAUAGGCCUCAUUUCUGUCUCUAACUUAUUUAUGGGAGUCUAUACUGGUAUUUUAACUUUCUUGGAUGCUGUCUCUUGGGGAAGAUUUGCUGAAUUUGGCAUAUGGUGGGAGACUGGCAGUGGUUGCAGAGUUGCUGGGUUUCUUGCAGUCUUUUCGUCAGAAAGCGCCAUUUUUUUCCUGAUGUUGGCAGCUGUUGAACGGAGCUUCUCUGCGAAGGAGAUCAUUAAAAAGGGGAAAAGCAAUCGCCAAAAACAAUUUCAAAUUGCGGCAGUUUUUGCUUUCCUGUGUGCUGUGGUAGCGGGAUGCUUACCACUUUUUUAUAAAGCGGAGUACUCGGCAUCGCCCCUUUGCUUGCCCUUCCCCACUGGAGAAACACCUUCGUUAGGCUUCACAGUAACUUUAGUGCUCCUGAAUUCGUUAGCGUUUUUGCUAAUGGCUAUUAUCUACACUAAACUGUAUUGCAACUUGGAAAAAGAGGACCUCUCCGAAAACUCGCAGUCCAGCAUGAUUAAGCAUGUCGCUUGGCUAAUCUUCACGAACUGCAUCUUUUUCUGCCCUGUUGCGUUUUUCUCAUUUGCACCGUUGAUCACUGCGAUUUCUAUCAGCCCUGAAAUCAUGAAGUCUGUUACUUUGAUAUUUUUCCCGUUACCCGCUUGCCUGAAUCCGGUUCUGUACGUAUUCUUCAACCCGAAGUUCAAGGAAGACUGGAAGUUGCUCAGGCACCAUCUGACCAGGAAGAACGGAGCGGUAGCGAUUGCCGUCAACGCUCAAGGGGGCUGCGUGACGCAGGAUUUCUACUACGACUGUGGCGUGUACACCCAUUUGCAGGGUAACAUCGCCGUCUGUGAAUGUUGCGAAUCGCUCCUCCUAUCCAAGCCCGUGCCCUGUAAACAUUUAAUAAAGUCCCACAGCUGCCCCGCGCUGGCAGUGGUGCCUUGUCAAAGGCCGGAUGGCUACUGGUCGGACUGCGGCACCCAGUCAGCCCACUCCGACUACGCGGACGAGGACGACUCCUUCGUCUCGGACAGCUCAGACCAAGUGCAGGCCUGCGGCCGUGCGUGUUUCUACCAAAGCCGAGGAUUCCCUUUGGUUCGUUACGCCUACAACAUACCGAGAAUUAAAGACUGAAAGGGCUCGUUGCCCUCAGCUCUUCUAAUAAGGAGGUAUAACGCUUCGUAGACUGUUGCCUGUGUUGACCUUUCGAGCAGGAAGCACUUUUGUAAUCAUCGUUUAGUGUCAUUUGUAAAGAAGGGAAGUGGGCAGUAACGUCUUGAGCCAUACAUUUAAAAACAAUUAAAGAAAUAAAUCAAUUGCCCUGGCUGUAAAUAAUUGGUAAACCAAAUUCGUUACCCAAUAUUUUUACUCUUUCCACGCAAUAGUGGUUUCUUUUUAUACAGUUUUUUACAUGCUAACGGUGUGUUUCCACAUUGUACUCCAGUUGUACUUUGCUUCUGCUGUUGGCAAGGUAAGUUCUGUUGAUUUUUUCUUUUUUUUUUUUUUUUUCUGCCAAAGCACAAUAUAAAGGACAGCUGUUUAAUAUUAAAGAAAUUAUUUUUAAAUGUGACUUUUCUAUAAUUAAGCAAAAAACUCUCUUGCUAGCUUUGUAUAGUGUAUUCAGCAUUGAAUCUCAGGAUGAAUUUUACUGCAGGGCCAAAAAAGGGAUUGAUUCUCCCAUAUGUGACUGUGACAGCAAUAUAGGAAAUACCAUGUUUGUUUUGUAUUUCAAGCCAACGUUCAAUUUUUAAAAAAAAAAAAAAAAGGUUUUGUUACAAUAAAGCACUUGUAAUCUGUAUCUGUAGACUAUGAAAUAAGCAUAUUAACAGCUGUCGGGAAUAAUAGGGUCAAACACCAGUUUUUCCAGUGGUGACGUAUUACUUCAGGUGAACCACAGCGACGUUCUUCAGUAUUAGGCGGUCGGGUCACACUGUUGGCAGGAACAUCGAUGCAUCGGCAGGGGGUUAGCAGCGCUGUCGGUGUGUGUAUGCAGCUCGUGCCUUUGCAGAAAGACUGGCUAAUACUCUGCAGCCUGUAGAGUGUUACAGCACCCCAAUGAUACCUACGAAUAGACUGAGAUUUUAGCAGAUGGAGGGAAAACUGAAAGCGGUUUUGCAAGGAAAGAAAAGCAUUUUUGCCAAUUAUUUUACUGAAAGUACACUGUGCAGAGUCACUGAUUUUCAUGUCAAUCAGUGCAUUAUUUUUAAACUAUCCGAGUCCUGAGACCCAAAUGAUUUAAGUACAAUCAGUGAUCCAUUUAUCUAUAUUUAGUUUGAAAUCUGAUCGAUAAAAAGUCAUGAAUGCAUGGUUAAGUAAUUGUGUAGGCUAAAUCAAGAGCAAAUCCACUGCCAUCCCAGUUACUCUGGAGACAUUCUCGUUACGAUUUAAAGCUAGAUUGCUGUUUUGAGAAUUAAACUGUAUAUACUGUUCAUACAAUGAAUUUUUAUCUUUGUAUUGUAAAUUAUUUGAUAGAACACAUGAUGGGAAAUGUGGCUUCAGUUCAUUUUGUUAAUUAAAGCUACCUCCUAAACAAUAGUGGCUGCCAGUAGCAGAAUGUUUAAAAUGUGGUUUAUAUACUUUUUGCAUUGUAAAUAGACAUGGUUGUAUAUUGUCACUGUAAUAAAAACAGAAUCCUUGUAUAUCAAAAUCAUGUAGUUUGUACAAAGUAUGGGAGGAUUAUUUACUGUAUGCUGUUAAUUUUGUAAGCCAAAAUAUUCACAUGUAAAAACAAAAGAGGAGAAAACCAACCCAGAGUUGUUAAUUCUUAUAUUUACGCUCAUGAAUAUUACAUCUGCAAUUAGCAUGGAAUGUUACACUGAAAGCAAAUAAAGGGUACAUGAAAAUUGAGUGUUAUUUAUCUUUGUUUUUCAAAAGUUAAGGCUGAAAAUGGUGCACGUGUAAAAUUAUUGAGCAUAAAUAACGUGUCACCUGCUCUCCACUACGUGUGAUGAGAGUUUCCGGAAAGAAUUGACAGCCAAGUAAGGAAGUUGCCAAUUUACAAGUGGAUUUCUGAUCUCGGACUAAUGCUGACUCUUGGCAUGCAGAAGGUUAAAACCUUCAGAGAAGUGUUUGCCCUCUUAUAAAGCAAUCUCUUUAUUAAAGACGUUAUUACGUAUUGUA